AUGUGUGGAAGAUUAGCAUGUGGACUUGAACCUAAGGAAGUAAUUAAUUGUUGUUGUUAUAAAAAUCCAGAAAAUGAUCAGACUCAGAAACCUGUUUGGAAGGACGUAAACAAUUCUGGUAAAAAAUUUAGUCCAUCUUAUAAUAUAUGUCCAACUGAUUUAGCGCCUGUUUUGAUGUCGGGAAAUCAUUUUAAUAUUGAUUGCAGAGUAAUCGUACCGACAAUAUUUGGAUUGAUUCCUUCAUGGUCUAAAGCAGAUGUACCUAGUAAAUACUCAACGAUAAAUUGUAGAAUUGAAAAUAUUAAAACAUCAAAAUUAUACUGGCCAUUGUUAGAAAAAGGACAAAGAUGUAUUGUAAUAUGUAAUGGAUUCUUUGAAUGGAAAAAUGAAGGAAAACAAAAGAAAAAACCAUAUUUUAUUCAUGCUCCACAACCAGAUAAUGUUUUAAUUGAUGAUCCAAGUACAUGGAACAUGGGGGAUGAUUUUCAAAAUGAAAAAACUUUUAAACCUCUUAAAUUAGCAGGUCUUUUUGAAAGGCACAAUCAAAAUCCUGAAGAUGAAAUAAUCAGCUUUACAAUAAUUACUAAAGAAGCCAGUACUAAAUUAUCUUGGUUACAUAUGAGAAUGCCAGCAUUUAUUGAAACAGAUGAACAACUUCAUAUAUGGUUGGAUAAUAAAAAUUUUGAUUCAAAUCAAGCAUUGCAAUGUUUAAGCCAUUUUGAAAAAGUUAUUUGGUACUCAGUUUCAUCAACCGUAAAUUUUACAUCAAAUAAAGAUUUAACAUGUAUAAAACAAAAAGGGUAA